AUGAUUGCAGGUUACGAAUAUGGAACAGAAUCGGACACUGAGGAUGAUGAGGCUGUAGUCGAGGAAUUAAUGUCGGAUGAUAGUAUUGAUGAUCGUAACAACUGGCCGGAUGAAAUGGGAGACGAUUCUCUGAAUCAGGAGACAGAUGAAUCUAGUCAAUACGAAAACUUAUUGGAAAGAGAUACUGAUAACGACUCUAAUGAAGCAAUGUCUGUAAUUGGAGAUGAGUCUGUUGAGGUUUCGGAUCUGUCGGAUGGCGGUGAUGACUUUAUCGGUGGUGGAACAAAUGACGAUGUUAGGCUGAUUGCAUUUGUGAACUUCUUCUGCUCAGAAUCUAUCUCUGAAGGAUGUUUGAAACGAAUGGUUCAGCUGAUGACUCUUUUGUAUGGAGAAGCCCCACCUUUCACAGCUUCUCAGGUGUUGAGAGUGGUGAAUGAUACUGGAAAGAAAGUGAUUCAAAGCAUGUCAUACUAUUGUAGUCGUUGCGGCACGGAGAAGAGUGGGAAGAAGAUGCAAUGUUCAAAAUGCAUGACAAGCAACAUCAACAUUUUAGACCGUAUCACUUUCAUUAAAUGCGAUUUGAAAUGGCAACUUGAACAACAGCUACGGUAUCACGGUGCAGAAGUGAUAAAAGCUCAUGAGAAAAUUCACAAACGAGAAAUUGAUUUCGAAACGAAUGACAUACGACGUUAUCAAAGAUAUCUCGAGGGUAUGGAGUCGAAAGAACAGUUUGCAUGUGGAAAUAUUAACUUGUUGUACACGGUCUUCUCCGAUGGAGCAGCGUUUACGAAGAUCAGCAGGAGGGAAGUCACUCCAGUGUUGUGUCGUCUAGAAGGAAUUGAUGUAGACGCUAAAGCGGGCGGAAACGUUUUUAGCAUUAUAUCAAUGGUUUAUUGUGAUGGCGGAGUUAAAAAGAUAUUCGUGGAUGAAUUUGUUGAGAAAUCUUUUUCUAACUUACCAACGAAAAUUGAGAUGAAAAUCAAUGGAAAGAGGUGGUGUUUCAUGCCAAAGAUUUUAUGCUAUUUGUCGGAUAUGAAGGAAAGAAUGACAUUGACAAAACUUCCGAAUUGGCAUCAAGUGAAUGGAUGUUCCGAGUGUGUAACGAUUGGGCGAAAAAAAGGUGCUACGGUAACCUAUGUCGAUUAUAAUAUGGUUGCUCCUCGCAACAACUCCUCCAUUCUGUACGCCGCUGAGCAUGGAAUUGAAGGAUUUAAGGAAACUGGAGAGAUUCUGAAGCCUACCUCUUGGAUUAGUUUCAAGAUGUUUCCUGGUACUGUUAACAUGGUAAUGAAUGCUAUUGAGGGUAUCACUCCAUAUACAUAUGAUAAUGUGCCAUUGUGCUACUAUAACCACGUAAUUCUCCAUGAAAACAAUUUCGGUCCAAAACACACUACAGAAGUUUUCGAAAGAGAGCACAAAGUAUUAAUGAAUUCUGUACAUUACCAGAGCACCAACUCAGAGAAAGCGAUAAUAAACAAAUAUGUGUGUGGCCAGGUCUACCGUAGCCAGCUGACUCAAAUGUCAGAAGCUUGCUCGGAAAAUACGAAACAUUCCAUUCGUCAGAGUAUGAAAACAUCUGGAUCCAGGCUUCCUCCAAUGAAUGAGUUAAAAUGCUGUCUUGAUCCGGAUCAGUUGAAUCCAUUACAUAAAAGAAUUAUCAUUAAUUUGGGAUUGAACGACGUUUCCAUGUUUUUAAGCCGUUGGAGGACGUGCUCCGCAAUGGGAAAUUACAUCUUCUCCGCGAAGUCCUACUGCUCAGCCAAAACGACCAGCUCAAGCUUGAUUUGUUUCUCAGGUUCCACUCAACAGGAAUUGUGUUUUGGAGAAAUUGAGCUGAUCGUGAAACGAGCUGAUUCAGCUUAUUUCAUUGUACGGGAGUUCAUCCUACAGCCCCUCCACCUCACGAUGAAACCAAUUGUUGAUAGAGGAAUGACUACCGCAGCCGCGAAUAUGUUAAAUAUCCUCCAGAGUCUUCCCAAUGUCUUCUCAAAAGUCGAGUCCUCCACUUAUGUUGCUAUUCCGUCGGACACGGUGUUAUGCCCAGCAGUCAUCAUUAAUAUCAACGGACAUAGUUAUGUUACGAUGGAGCGAUAG